AUGAUCCGCACUUUCGCUGUCGCCGCCGUCCUCGCCGCCCUGGCAUUGUCCUGGUCAGCAUCCGGCUCACCUGCCGUUUCGCUCUCCAAGAGAUUUGGUCUCGAGCCUGAGCUCAACUGCUGGCUCGAGACCAAACUGGUCUCGAAGGAUCCCGCAGUGCCCAAAACGGCAUACUACAAUAUGAUCUUCCACCGUGAUGCUGCUACGCAGCACUACACCUCAAUGGACCUUGUCGGCUUUCAAGUCGGCAACCCUGCCCCCUUCCAGUCGGUCACGCAGCAAAAUGUCAAAUCUGGUCAGGUGUUGACAACCUUUGUUGCCAAUGCGACCAAGGCGGACAUGCCUGUCCAGUAUAGCUAUUGGUUUGUCUCCGUCGGACUCUUCUAUACGCCGGGCAAAAACGACCUUUCCUACCGACUUUUCAAUGGUAUUGCUUGGUCACAAUCUCGAGACGGAAACGGUAUCCCGUGGGCGGACAGCAACCCUUAUGGCAUGACCUGUGAUAAUGGCGUGGUCGUGCCGAUCCAUCAGUUCUAG